AUGGGUUGGUUUCUACGAGUGAAAAAGGGGAUGAGCUGGAAAGAGCAAGCCAUAGCCUCCUUCGGGGCGCCGCCGCCGCAGCUGAUGGCGUUCACGGCCGUGCUGCUGAUGCUGGUUUACUUGGCGACGCACUCGGACUACAAGGAGAGGAUGGAGAAGCGGAAGACGGGGUUCCGCUUCAGCCUCCUCCUCCUGCCUCUGCUCCUCAUCGUCGUCCUCAACCUCGUCAUGCUCCGCCACCGCCUCCUGCGCUACAACUUCGGAGCGCACCACCACCACUAUCACCACGCGGCUGCCGACGACGACGCGGGGUCGGCGUCCGGGCUGGUGCUGGUGCUGCUCCUGCUUUUUGUGCUGGUUCAUUACCAGUCCUCGUUUCACUCUUCUUGGUUUAGAUUUAUUUGA